CUCCGCUGAUUGGCUGUGAUAGCGGAAGUGAGUCGAAUUCAGUCUAUGGUACAAACACACAAGCUCGCUGCUCUGAAACAGGAUGGAGCUGGCUCACAGUCUGCUACUGAAUGAAGAGGCUCUGUCCCACAUCACUGAAGCCAAGCGGGCCGUCUUCAUCUUCGAGUGGCUCCGCUUCCUCGAUAAAGUCCUCAUCGCUGCCAACAAGGUGGAUGUGAAGGAGAAGCAGAAGAAGCUGGUGGAGCAGCUGACGGGGCUGAUCAGCAGUUCUCCAGGGCCGCCCACACGAAAGCUGCUGGCCAAGAACCUGGCCGUGCUCUACAGCAUCGGAGACACCUUUACAGUCUUCCAGACGCUCGACAAGUGCAAUGACAUCAUCAAGAGCAAAGACGACACCGCCGCGUACCUGCCCAGCAAACUCGCGGCGGUGGCGUGUGUUGGGGCCUUCUAUGAGCGCAUGGGACGAAUGCUGGGCAGCUCUUUCCCAGAGACCAUCAAUAACCUGCUGAAAGCUCUGAAGAGUGCAGAGGCUCAGGGUCGCGGGGAGAUCCUCCUCAGUCUGCAGAAGGUUCUCAGUGGUCUGGGUGGAGCCGCCGCCUCCUGUCACAGAGACAUCUACAAGAACACUCGAUCCAUGCUGAGCGACAGAUCCAUGGCCGUCCGCUGCGCCGUAGCCAGGUGUUUGUUGGAGCUGCAGAACGAGGCUGUGUUCAUCUGGACCACUGAGCUGGAGAAUGUGGCCACGCUGUGCUUUAAAGCUCUGGAAGGAUCCACGUAUGAUGUGCGAGUUGCUGUUUCCACACUGCUGGGAACUGUCAUGGCCACAGCGCUGAUGCCCAAACAGGCCACCGUGAUGCGGCAGAACGUGAAGCGGGCGACUCUGGAGGAAGUGCUGGAGCUGAUGGCCACUGGUUUCCUCCGCGGAGGAUCCGGAUUCCUGAAGAGCGGCGGAGAAAUGCUGAAGGGGGCGUCGGUCAGCCGGGAGGUGCGGGUCGGGGUCACACAGGCGUAUGUAGUGUUUGUGACAGUUCUGGGUGGGCAGUGGCUGGAGCGUAACUUCGCAGUGUUUCUGUCUCAUCUGCUGGAGCUGGUGGCUCACCCUCGCGCCACACAGACGCACGUGGAGGCAGUGUAUUCCCGCCGCUGCGUCUCCUUCGCUCUAAGGGCGACUCUGGGCGGCCUGCUGGGAGAGAAAGCUCAGAUCGCAGCCGCAAAGGAGAUCUGCCUGGCCAUCAGCAAACAGAUGAGAGCCGUGGAGGCAGUAGUGAAUGAGCAGAGCAGUGAGAACCGCACCGGUGCCGCAGACGUGUCGGCCAGUCAGCAUGUGAUGGUGUGUGCACUGAAGGAGCUGGGCAGACUGGUGCAGAGCCUGAGCGCCACCGCCUCACCACUCAUACAGGAGCCGUCUAUAGGUCUUCUGGAGACGGUGCUGUCCGUGCUGCUGCACCCCAGCAUGGCUGCACGUCUGGCUGCGGCCUGGUGUCUGCGGUGUGUGUGUGUGGCUCUGCCUCAUCAGCUGACGCCGCUGCUGGAGCGCUGCGCCGACUGCAUCAACACACUCAAGAACUCUCCGGAAGCCGUCAGCGGGUACAGCUUCGCCAUGGCGGCUCUGCUGGGGGGCGUUCACCAGUGCCCACUGGGGGUACCACACUCCAAGGGGAAGAUGGUGGUGAGUAUAGCUGAGGAUCUGCUGCGCUCUGCGGCUCAGAACAGUCGUCUGUCUCUGCAGCGCACGCAGGCUGGAUGGCUGCUGCUCGGAGCACUCAUGACUCUAGGGCCGUCUCUGGUGCGCUAUCACCUGCCGAAGAUGCUGCUGCUGUGGCGUAAUGUGUUUCCGCGUUCCCAGAAGGAGCUGGAGGCCGAGAAGGCGAGAGGAGAUUCCUUCAGCUGGCAGGUGAUGCUGGAGGGCCGCGCUGGAGCCUUGUGUGCCAUGCGCAGUUUUGUGGCUCAUUGUCCGGAGCUGCUGACGGAGGAUGUGAUCCGCAGACUGAUGACGCCCAUCGAGUGCGCCAUGACCAUGAUGUCUCAUAUCCCUGCAGUGAUAAAGGUUCACGGGGCUCAUCUGAAGGCCAGCGCCGCCAUGGUCCGACUCAGACUGUAUGAUAUACUCGCUCUGCUGCCACCAAAAACAUAUGAAGGCAGUUUUAAUGCUCUGCUGCGGGAGCUGGUGGCAGAAUUCACACUCACAGAUAACUCUGCCAACACCACCACAUCCCUGCUGCGCUCGCUCUGCCAUUAUGAUGACAGUGUGCUGAUGGGCUCCUGGCUGCAGGAGACUGACCAUAAGUCCAUCGAGGACCAGCUGCAGCCCAACAGUGCGUCUGGCAGCGGCGCUCUGGAACACGACCCGUCCUCCAUCUACCUGCGUGUUCCUGCAGUGGAGGCUGUUCCCGGACCGCUGCCGCUCGGCGUUUCCGUCAUCGACGCAUCUGUCGCUCUGUUCGGAGUCGUCUUUCCUCAUGUGUCUUUCAAACACAGGUUGCAGAUGCUGGAUCACUUCGCUGAAUGCAUUAAGCAGGCUAAAGGCGUGCGGCAGCAGGCGGUGCAGCUCAACAUCUUCACUGCGGUGCUGAGCGCGCUCAAGGGUCUGGCGGAGAACAAGAGCAGUCUGGGUCUGGAGGAGGUGCGUAAGUCUGCUCUGGCUCUGGUGAUGGGGGCUCUGGAUAACUCCAAUCCUAUUCUGCGCUGCGCCGCUGGGGAGGCUCUGGGCCGCAUGGCGCAGGUGGUGGGAGAGGCGUCCUUCAUCGCCCGCAUGGCACAGCACAGCUUUGACAAGCUGAAGUCAGCGCGUGAUGUCGUGUCCAGAACGGGUCACUCUCUGGCUUUAGGAUGCCUGCACCGUUAUGUUGGCGGCAUCGGCUCCGGUCAGCAUCUCAAGACUAGCGUUAGCAUACUGCUAGCCUUAGCUCAGGACGCCACGUGUCAUGAAGUCCAGACGUGGGCUCUGCACUCUCUGGCGCUGAUCGUGGACUCCAGCGGGCCGAUGUACCGUGGUUAUGUGGAGCCCACACUGUCUCUGGUGCUGACGCUGCUGCUGACCGUUCCGCCGUCACACACUGAGGUGCACCAGUGUCUGGGCCGCUGCCUUGGAGCACUCAUCACCACCGUUGGCCCAGAGCUACAGGGUAACAGUGUGAGCAUCUCAACGAUCCGCUCGUCAUGUCUGGUGGGCUGCGCCAUCAUGCAGGAUCACUCAGACUCUCUGGUUCAAGCGGCCGCUAUCUCCUGCCUGCAGCAGCUGCACAUGUUUGCCCCGCGCCACGUCAACCUGUCCAGCCUGGUGCCCAGCCUCUGUGUACACCUGUGCAGCUCUCACCUGUUGUUACGGCGCGCUGCAGUGGCGUGUCUCAGACAGAUGGCGCAAAGAGAAGCUGCAGAGGUGUGUGAAUACGCCAUGAGUCUCGCCCGCCGCGCCGGAGACACCAAAGACAACAGCACCACCAAUCUGAACAUCACGGAGACGGGUCUGGAGGGCGUUCUCUUCGGGAUGCUGGACCGCGAGACUGACAGGAAGUUGUGCUCCGACAUUCACGACACGCUGGGUCACAUGCUGUCGUCUCUGGCAGUGGAGAAGCUCUCUCAUUGGCUGAAGCUCUGCAAAGACGUGCUAGCAGCUACCACAGAGGUGGGCGGAGCCGUGGCGUCUGACAGCAGAAGGAAGGAUGAUGAUGAAGACUCAGAGAAGAAGGAUGAGAUGGACGAUGACAUCAUGUUCACGUCUCUGGGUCAGGAUGAGAAGAUGAAAGCGACGGUCGCUCCUCGUUGGGUCACGCGUGUGUUCGCAGCCGAGUGUCUGUGCCGCAUCAUACACCUGUGUGAGAACGCUGACCACGCCCACUUCCAUCUGGCAGAGGCGCGCAUCGCCAAGAUCAAAAACCCUGAGGCGGAUUUCCUGGUCCUGCAUCUGUGUGAUCUAAUCCGCAUGGCCUUCAUGGCGGCGACCGACCACAGUAACCAGCUGCGCAUGGCCGGCCUGCAGGCGCUGGAGGACAUCAUUAAGAAGUUCGCUGCUGUUCCAGACCCAGAGUUUCCAUCUCACGUCAUUCUGGAGCAGUACCAGGCCAACGUUGGCGCUGCUCUGCGUCCUGCAUUUUCGCCAGACACACCUUCAGACAUCACUGCUAAAGCCUGUCAGGUGUGCAGUGCGUGGAUCGGCAGCGGUGUGGUCAGUGACCUGAAUGACCUGCGGCGUGUGCACAACCUGCUGGUGUCGUCUCUGGAUAAAGUGCAGACAGGGAAGAGCAGCUCCAGCCAGCUGUACAGCGAGAGCGCCACCACCAUGGAGAAACUGGCAGUGCUGAAGGCCUGGGCGGAGGUGUUUGUGGUGGCGAUGGACAUUAAGCAGGAGUCGCGGGCGCGGCCGGUGCGUCCUCCAGCCGGUGAGGAUGAGGAUGAAGAUGAAGCUGCAGAUGUUCUUCCUCCAGACAGUCUGAUGGUUCUGGUCCAGCCGGAGCUGCCGUCCCUCAGUCGCCUGUGGCUGGAGCUGCUGCGGGAUUAUGCCCUGCUCACCCUGCCAGCGGAGUUCUCCAGCCAGCUGCCGGCCGACGGAGGAGCGUUUUACACUCCAGAGACCAUCGACACGGCGCGGCUCCACUACCGCAGCUCCUGGGCAUCAGUGCUGCACGCCGAGGCUCUGUGGCUCAGCAGCACCGGCUUCGGCAUCACUGAAGAUUCUGCUGCUUCUGGAGCCGCUGUGCAGCCUGCCAAACACCCAGAGGAGCUGGUGAAGGACCGACUGCAUCUGCUGCUGGGCAUCAGCAUUGAGUUCCUGUGUUUCCCUCGUGCUGAGGAGCCCAUAGAGGAUGUGAUGUCAUGUCUGAGGGCCGUCUGCACACUGCUGGACUCACCCAUCGCCCGCACACACAUCGCUGAAGAUCAGCUGCUGGCGGUGGAGCUGCUGAAUGUUCUGCACCGGCUCCUGCUGACCCGAGACCCGUCCAGUGUUCAGCUGCAGGUCACAGCGGUGGUGCAGAAGACCAUACACGCCGCACAGGAGCAUCUGGAGCAGCGCAGGAGCAACAAGGGCGGUGUGAAUGAGGAUGGUGUGUGUGUGCUCGGGGAGGGAGCAGACAGCGGUGAGCUUCUUCCAGGUAAAUCUCUGGUGUUUGCUGCGAUGGAGCUGCUGGUGUUCAUCCUGGUGCGACACCUGCCACAGCUGAAGGAGAAGAACACAGACACCUGCAGACGCAGCCCGCAGAGCCUGUCUGAACACAGCAGCCGCCUGGUGGCCAACAGCGUCACUGCACUUGCAGAGCUGCCGUCUCUCUGCUCUCCCGCAGGCAGUAUGACCAUCCUGCCCACGGUGCUGUUCCUGAUCACCGGCGUGCUGAGAGAGACGGCGGUGAAGACUGCGGAUAACAGUGUUUCAGCGCCGGUUUCUGCAGCUCUACAGGCCAUCAAGACCAUCCUGAGCUCAACAGCAGCACACACACACGCACAGUGGAGCGCUCUGGUGCGCAGCAGUCUGGCCACCGUCCUGGAGGACUCACAGCCCAGCGACUCAGUAGAUGAGGUCAGUUUUCUGGCCGCCAUCACCCUGUUCCUGCUGUCGGCCAGUGGUGACCUGAUGAGUGUGUGUGUCCUGCAGAAGGGCUGCAUCGAGCGCUUCACACACGCUCUCAACUCUGCUGACCCCUGGACUCAGGCGCGCUGCUGUCAGCUGCUGCUCUCCAUCCUCCAGCAGCCGUCCCGCAGUCUCUCUGUCCCCUUCAUCCACACGCUGGCGCCGCUGCUGGUGGAGCAGCUGAAGAGUGUGGAGCGCCGGCGUGUGUGUAACGCUGCGGAGCUGCAGGCCGUGCAGGAGCGGGUCCGCGUGAUGGAGACACUCGUGAACAUGGCGGAGGAACACAACCGUGUUCAGCUGUUGGCUCUGCUGGUCCCCACGCUGGUCUCUUAUCUGCUAGAUGACUCCAGCUUCAGCUCCUCCUCCAGCAGCUCUAAAGGUCUGCAUGAUUUCGCCCUCCAGAGCCUGAUGCACACCGGCCCGCUUUACCCCGCCGCCUUCAUGACCGUGAUCGGAGCCGCUCCGGAGCUCAAGACCCGUCUGGAGGCGGCCAUCAGGUCCAAACAAGCCCACAGCAGAGCCAAGAGCACCGCCAGACAAACCCUGCCCGCUGCACCCGCCGCGCCAACCAUCAAACUCAAGACCAGCUUCUUCUAGAUGGAGAGAAACACUGAGAUUACAGCUGGGUCACACUCAGAAUAAUGCUUCUUUAGUCUAGUUUCUAGUCCAAAUGUCUACAAACUCUGAUAUCAAGUAGUAUUUUCUAGACGAGCACAAUAAUAUAGUGUUGCUUUCAGCAAUGAUGAGUCAAAAUGAGGAGGGUUUCCCUUAAAACAAGCAGAAUAAUCUGACAAUGGGGUGAGCAGAAUAAUUUAGUUUUUCCUUUUGACAUAAGGUUAUUUAAUUUACCCCAUUGGCAGAUUAUUUAGCUUAUUUUAAAGCUAUAUAAGAUCUUUUUCACUCUAUUAUUUCUGAAAAUAGAACAAUACUUUUUUAUUUGUCUAGAAAAUGCUUCUUGAUUGAAGAAUUCUUUGGUAUUUUGACUAGAAAUUAAACAAAAGCUCUUAAGGAAAGCCUUUUUUGUAGUGUAGCUCCCUCAGAAAUUGAAUAUCUGCCAUUGAUUCCUCUCCCUCAUGUAGUUUCGAUCCUUUAAGCCUUUGGUUCAUCUUCAGGACAUUUUAGAUGAGAUCCUGGAGCUCUCUCAUCCUCCAUAGACAGCACUGUGUCUCGAGAGACUCUUCAUGCAUCUUCAGUGGUACUUCCAUAAUGUUAUGAAGCUAUUAGUGUAGUUUUAUCCACAAACACCCCAGAAAAUAAUGACUGUACUCAGCACUCUCUCCUCUUCAGCAUCAGGUAAGCGUGUUUGUAUGCUGAUGUAUGUUAAUUGUGUCUAUACACUGCUUAUAUUUGUCUUUUUUCUAAUGUAGUUAUCUAAGAACUCUUAAAUCAAGAAGCAUUGUCUAGAUAAGUGCAAUAUACGGUAAAAUAAGCAGAAAGUUUUUUCUUAAAAUAAGCAAAAUGAUCUGAAAAUGGGGGAAGAAAUAAAAGAAUAUUAUUUGAAAGUGAACGCUAGAUUAUUCUGUUUACCCCAUUGACAGAUUAUUUUGCUUGUUUUAAGAAAAAACAAAACAAAAUUUUGACUCAUUAUUUCUUGUUGUGCUUUUCUAGAAAACGCUUCUUGAUUUAAGAGUUUUCAGAUAUUUGGAUGAGAAACAGGACUAAACUCUAAAUAGAAAAGCAUUUUUGUGAUGUGUGAUAUCCUGCUUUAAAUAAAUAAAGUGGGAUUAAAAGUCUUCUGUGUGGACAUCUGCAGACAUGUUUAUAUUCUAUAAACUUAAUAUGAUUUAAUCCUGUAAUAGUAUAUAGAUGUUAUUUAAUAUUACAGUGAUAUGUCUAUAAUAUUGGCAUAUUAUAAAGUUACAUGUCGCAACACAUAAUCACGUGACCCAUAAGACAAGAGAACAAAUUGUUUGGAGCACAGAUGUUGUGUUGUAGCUUGAUAUGAUCACAGCUGAAGACUCACUGAAUGAUUGUCCAUGCUCUCGGUCUUUGAGCAUCUCAGGAGCCGUGCUGUCUAUGGAGGAUGAGAGAGCUCCAGGAUUUCAUCUAAAAUAUCCUCAUUUGUGUCUUAGAGGAUGUCUCAGAGGAUUGAAGCAGCAUGAAGAUGAGGGAUUAAUGACAGAAUCUUCCUUCAUGUGUGAGCUGACCCUUUAAGAGCAUCACUGGGUUGGACUUCUGAAAUGCACUUUAAACAGGUCCCAGUGAUGAAGGUGUUUUAAAGCUGGUGAAAUGAUAAAUGGACGCUGACCUGAAUAUUUCCUCAAUCCCGUCUGUUUCUUUUUUUAAACCAUGCUGGUGUAUUUUUGUAUUCUCUUUCUGUCUGAUUGUAAUUGAAGGCUUGUUAUCGUAUUUAUCACUCUGCUGAUCCAGAAUCAGUAUGAGCUUGAGUCUGUAAAGGGGACAGUUCACCCAAAAAAGACUCACGAUUGACAUUAAAGUUUCCUUUUUUCUGUUAAACACAACAGAAGACACUUUGAAGAAUGCUGAUAAGCGCUAAUCUAAUAUUGGUGUGCUUUUUUACAGACUAUGAAAGUCAAUGGUUACAGGUUUCCAACAUUUUUCUAAGUAUCUUCUUUUGUGAAUAGUGUAUAAAUGAUGACAUGUAUGUGUGAACUGCCGCUUUUAAAUGUGGUCUGUGAGUGUAUUGUGUGUGUUUUAGUUGCUCAAGCAGCUUUAUGGUGUUGUUUUGACAUCUCGUUUGAGCUUUUAAUAACUGGAUUGUAUAUUUGGCUGUCAUUCGAACAGAAUAAAUGGAAUUUAUGACUGUUGAA